AUGACGGCCAAGAAUCAAGAAGCUUCCAUCAAGAACAUGGAAAGACAAAUAGGCCAGCUCUCUAAACACUUUGCAACAGAGAGGCCAUCAAGUUCCCUGCCAAGUGACACAAUUCCAAAUCCUAAGGAAGAGUGUAAGGUGAUUCAGUUAAGGAGUGGGAGAACAUUGGUGAGCAACAAUGACACUACAAGGAAACAAGUGGAGAGCAGCAAAAAGCCAACAAAUGCAGAGGAAGCCAAUGAUCAAGAUAUGGUGCCAAACAAGAACAUAGAGAACCCCAAAGGAGAAGAAGACCAACCAAUCAAUACACAUAAGAAAGAAGAAGAAGCGAUUCAAGGACAACAAAAAAAGGAGAAGAACCUCACCCUUCCACUGCCAUAUCCACAUAGGUUCAACAAAGAAACCAAAGAUCAACACUUCCGCAAAUUCCUGGAAACUUUCAAGAAGUUGGAAAUCAACAUUCCCCUGGCUGAGGCAUUGGAACAAAUGCCCUUAUAUGCCAAAAAAGGACUCCCUCCCAAGUUGGAAGAUCUAGGGAGUUUCUUCUUACCUUGCACCAUUGGAAGUCUAUUUAUCGACAAGGGGAUGUGUGAUUUAGGAGCAAGCAUAAAUCUGAUUCCAUCCUCUUUGGUGAAAAAGCUUGGCAUAGAGAAGGUGAAACCAAUACAGAUGUCAUUAGAAUUGGUGGAUCAGUCAAUAGUACAUCCCAAAGGAGUAAUCGAAAACCUUUUAGUUAAGGUUAACAAGUUCAUCUAUCCUGCGGAUUUUGUAAUUUUGGAAACAGAAGAAGAAGGAAACAAUUUGAUUAUCUUGGGAAGGCCAUUUCUAGCUACUGCCAGAGCCAUCAUAGAUGUAGAGCAAGGAGAACUAACUCUCAGGAUGCAUGAGGAAAGCGUUACUCUGAAAGUGUUUCCAGAGCAACAAAAUUCUGAAGAAAGAAGCCAAGUAAUCAAUGACUGUUUCUCAGAGCAAACAACCAUCAACACAGUAGAAUAA